AUGAAUUAGGAACAGAACAGGGCAGAGGAGAAGACCUCUGUGCUUAAAAAGAAUUUGAAUUGUUUGAGAUAUGCUGAACAAGAAGUAGAGUAGUUGAAACGUAAUUAUUUGCAAGUUUAGAUGGGGAAUGAAACCUUUGGGUAUUUGCAUGAGUUGAAGAGAUUGUUUGAUUGUGGAAUCAUUGUUAACCCUGAAAAAGUUGUUGUGAUUGAUAUAUAAUAAUUAUUCAGUAUUCAGUAUUGA